AGCAGCGAUAACUUAACAACCGCGCAUAUAAUUGAAGUUUUUAGAAUUAUUUGUGAAAAUGGUUCAGCGAUGCGCAUGGGGAACAUGUAAUGCGGAUGAACGGUAUCCGGACAGACUAAAUGGGGGACGAUUUAUAAGAUUUCCGACCCCGAAAUCAGAUUUUGAGAAGUGCAAACGAUGGAUUAAAGCAUGUGGACGGCCACACGAGCAACUGAAUGUAAAACGGAUUAACAAGCACAAAGCUGUCUGCUCGAAGCACUUUCAUGGAGGAAAUGGACCAUCUAAAGAGUAUCCUGACCCAUUGUCAGCUGAUGGCUCGAGAACAACACCUGCAAGAAAACUCCCUACAAAGCGGUCACUUGAAAAGGAAAAUUUUGACAGCAUCCAUACACAAAAUGCAAAGCUCAAGCGUAUGCAUUUACAAGAUAUCACAUGCCUACAAAACCAAGAAAAGCUUGUCAAGGAUAAUGCAGUCACUGUACCGGGAGUAGAAACACAGACUGAAUGUCCAUAAGUCGGUUGAAGACUAUUUUGCAACAACAGUGAAUACAAAAGUGUAUUUGUUUGUUUUGAUGUUUCAACAUUUCCUUCAGAUUGUUAAAUAUUAGUUUGAAUAUCCCAUCUGUAGUCAGCUCAGUGUAUAC